AUGCGGCCUGGGGCCAUGGAAGCUGCUUCAGCCGAUCCAGACAACGCAAAUCAAGGAAACACAGAAGACAAAAUGGCGAAUACGAAAGAAUCCCAAGGCGGGGAGCCCACUCGACCAGCACUCAACCGCCUCAACACCCCGUUCGGCCAACGUACAGACGGAAUCGAAUCCACAGCUAAAGCAGUCGAGGGUGUUGUGGAGGGUGUCAAGACAGUCGUGCAGGAAGUCGUUGCUUGGACAGAGAAGAAAGCGGACGAAUUAGCCAAAUCGGAGGAUCACACAGGGCCGUACGAUUCUCCAGCGACUGCUGCUGGUGGUACCUCGGACUUCGAUGUCAUUGCGACGGGCGUAUUGCCAGCGACUGUUCCUGUGCAAGAGGAUGGGGCCAACAAAAGUGGCUGAUGGGCAACGAUCGAAGUGCUACCGACCUGGGGUUCUAGGUCGAUUUCUACGUUUGCGAGCCUGAUGUGGUGAAAUAUUUUGGCGAGAAAGCGAACUAUUCACGACUCACAGGUCAGAGGUUGCUGGAGGGUAGCAAUUCAAUCGAGCUCAAAUCCAGAAGACUCCGCGCACGUAAGACAAGUGAUGACGUUUGUAGACCAGACGAUCCAGGGCCGCACAUCACACCCGUGUCAACGGU